AUGGCUUUCACCGGCGCCAGCCCCUCAGAGCAUACACCUCUUCUCGACCAACAAGCUCUCAGUCCUACAAAUACCUCCAAGAAAGCCCCAAGGAAUGUUACCUUCAACGAUAAUCCAACUGUCAGGACAAUUGGCUUGAACGAACCUUCACAAUCACUUAGGACAAAUGAUUCCAAUGAAUAUACACAAUCGCCUAGAGCAACAGCCCCGUCACCACCUUCUCUCAAUAGCAAACUUCGACGCCGAAACAUGCCAAUGCACCCAGCAUCAAAGAUAGGCCCUCAAAGAGCUAGUAAGAUUACACAGAAGCUUAAGUAUCUUCCAGAUUUGGAGAUUGGCGCAGAUGGACCCGACGAAGAGAGCGGACGAGACGUUUAUUCUCAAUUUACACGAAUCAAAGAUCCGACAGCGCGUAGAGAUGCUGCAAGGCUGGGGAAGGCCGAUCGCGCUCGAUUGCCUCGAGUGACUGCAUACUGUACUGCUAACAAAUACCAAUUGGAAAAUGUGAUGCGCUUCCUAAAUGGUCGGGGCAAGAAGACGAAGGGAGCAAACCCAAAAUUGUUUGAUGAGUGUAUUUACACACCAUUUAGAUACGGUAAAGACCAUGGAAAGACGCCUUCGGAUCGGGACAUGGAGGUACAUAGUGCGCCGGUAAAGUUGACGGAGCGAAGACACUCGGAUAGUGUUAUUGAGGUGGAAGACAACAAUAAACAACGUCGGGACGACCUCAUAGACCUGCAUACCAAUGGCGGUGAUGUUGCUAUCAGCAAUGGCGACCACUCUCCCGCUAACCAUAUUCUCCCAGAAAUCGUGGAGCGACAAAUGGAGAACGAGACCGAAGCUCUUAUAUCAGAAAGUAAUCCCGACUUUGAUACUCGAAUUCAUACACCCGAAGUGUUCCUAUUUGGCUAUGGUGUUGUGGUAAUAUGGGGUAUGUCCAAAGAGGAUGAGCAGCGGUUCCUCAAGGACAUAGCGAGGUUCGAGAGCGGCAAAUUCGCAGCCAACGAUGUGGAAAUGGAGUCUUUCAACUUCUAUUACACCGUAGAGUAUCAAGCUAGGAUUUACAACGAUUUUAUCACCUUGAAGGACAAGAGAAAUUAUAUGACCAAGCUAGCGAUUUCCCACGGCUUGGCGCAAAGUGUUAAGACCUCACUUUUUGAAUCUUUAGUAGACAGCACCAUCGACGAAAACAAAGACAUUCCUACCCAAAUCGCGCUGACAGGAGCUAUUGACCUCCCACGAAAAAGAAUCAACAUGCAAAUCGGCGAGCUCUUCAUCCUGCGCAUAAAUAUUCAUCUUAAUGGUUCAAUUCUGGAUACCCCUGAGUUGUUUUGGUCAGAACCGCAAUUGGAACCAAUAUACCAAGCUGUGAGAAGUUACCUAGAAAUGGAUCAGAGAGUGAAGCUGCUGAAUGAGAGAUUGGACGUCAUCGCGGACUUGUUGGCAGUUCUUAAGGAUCAACUCAGUCACAGACAUGGAGAGAAGCUAGAAUGGGUUGUCAUCGUUUUGAUUGCUGUGGAAAUUCUAGUUGCAGUUCUUAAUAUCGUCGUCGAUCUGUCAGUCGGCGAAUGA